UUCAUGCUAUUCUUCUCUCUCUCUCUCUCUCUCUCUCUCUCUCUCUCUCACAUGUCUUUGUAAGAAAUUUCCUUUUCUACUCUCCUGAAAUCUGUUUUCUCGGGAAAAUUCAAGGGAGCUGGUUUUGAAGCUACUCAGAUUUCCAGUUAUUCCAUUAACCUUACAGAUUUUCUAUAUUGAAGACUUGGUCUUUGUCCUAUUUUUACAGCCAUGGUUGUUGAGAGUGAAGACAUGGGGUUGACAGAGAUUUAUGAAAGUGCACCUAAGGCCAGGAAACCUUACACAAUUACAAAACAAAGAGAAAAAUGGACGGAGGAGGAGCAUCAGAAGUUUCUUGAUGCCUUGAAGUUGUAUGGUCGGGGUUGGCGUCAAAUUGAAGAACAUGUAGGCACCAAAACUGCUGUUCAGAUUCGAAGUCAUGCUCAAAAGUUCUUCUCUAAGGUAGUUCGGGGUUCAACUGGGAAUGUUGAAGGUUCAGUGCAACCAAUUGCGAUUCCUCCACCAAGGCCUAAAAAGAAGCCUAUGCAUCCUUAUCCUCGUAAAUCAGUUGACUCUUUGAAUGUGUCAGUUUUACAUCAAUCAGAAAGGUCGCCAUCCCCAAGUUUUGCACAUACAGAUAAAGGAGUGAAAUCUCCUACUUCAGUUUUGUCUAGUCACGGUUCAGAUGCACUGGGCUCUGCUGCUUAUGAUCAGCAUAAUAGGUCUCCAUCAAUGUCGAGUACAACUGAUAUGCAUUCAAUCGGUCUGUCUCCUUUGGAGAAGAAUGGUUGCUUGUUAUCUAACUCAUCCAAUGAAGAGAAGAGUUCAUUGCCUGCAAAUCAAUUCUCUGCCAGUCCGACCAUGGAGAAUGUCUUGUCCUUGAAAUCUGAAUUAGGUGCCAAGGACACUGAACACACUAAAGAAGAGACCAAACUAUCAACUUCAACAAGUUUUAAGCUUUUUGGAAAGAUAGUCUUGCUGUCCGACCUUGGGAAAGAACCUCCUUCAGGUCUUGAGGGUUCCAAAACAUUACAAUCUAACCAAAUGCCUGUUUCAGAAUUAUUUCCAGAUAAAUUAGGCACAGAUCUGUCUCUUGGUGGAAUUGUUGGUGACAGUCAUCCGUUGGCUUGUGGUGCUUCUAUUAAUCUGUUAGAGCAGCAGAAAGAAAGUUCUAAUGUGGUGAAAGGCAAUGCUUCUGUGCUUCAGUGGUCAUGUAAUUACAUCACCACAAACAACAACCCAAGCAUAGAAGAAACAUAUCUAAUUUCUUGUGCGGAAGGAAAAUCCAAAGAUAAGGAAGUUCAGAAGGAAAGGUCUUGUACUGGUUCUAAUGAAGGCUCUGCUAGUAAGGUGGAAACUCUAGGAGAUACAAACAUAGAAGGCGUCGAUUCCUUUUCUCAAGAACCUCGUACCAAAGUGAGUGUAGAACCCUGCAAUUCUAGGAAGGGAUUUGUGCCAUACAAGAGAUGCCUAGCAGAGAGAGACAAUAUGUCAUCGGCAAUAAAAACUAAUGACCGGGAGAGACAGAAAAUUCGAGUUUGCUGAUAAUUCCCAUGACCAACGUGUCGGCAUAUCAUUAUGGACCAGAAUAGGGAGUGGUUUAGAAGAGAAGUGGAAUGGAGCAAACUUUUACCUUAGCUUUUUUUAUUUGUUCCCUUCCCAGUAGAGCUCCCAGCAUUUUUCUUUUCAUGGAAGAAGUGUUUGAAGCUUCCACGUUAAUGGGUUCUGGUGUUCAUUCACUUCCCCUCCCAGAAGUUUCAGAGUUAGAAGAAUGACUCGGACCAAUUGUGAGAACCAAGAGUGCAAAGCACACAAACUCGUAGCUUUUCAAAAUUGUGCCUUCAGGUUAUUGACUGGCUAUGACAGAGCAGAGGCAUUCCCAUUCCUCAGUGUGGUGGAGCUCUGAGCAACAAGAGUGGUUAUUGGUGCUGACAAGAAGUGUAUGAUUGUAAUAUUUGGUUAAUAAAAUGAGGGCAAUAAGGAAUAAUGGUAUUAUUCCUAGAUUGGAAAAUUUUGUGCAACCAAACAUCAAAAUCAUCGUAGUUCGAAGCUGUAAAUCUAUUAAAAUUGUAUAUUGUAACUAAGAAUUUGUAAAUGAACUUUCUUUAAUCUCUUUUAGAUUUGAA